AUGGCGCCGAGAAAGGACGCUGAUGUGGUGUUUUCUUUCAAUGCAAAAUAUAUCUCGUGGGCUCACACAGCCGUCGCCUACGCAGCCUUUCUCGGAGCACUAAUCGUUGGAGUCUCCCUACACUACCACAAAAUUGUACAGAAUGAGCACUAUGGAUAUCCCGAUGAAUGGUUUCCCUCUGUCUCCGCUACCAUUGGCGACCGAUACCCUGAGCGGUCUGUCUUCAUGCUCUUCAUUGCCAUCACGUCCGGCCCUCGGUUUGCUCUUGUCGCGCUGUGGUACUUCCUUACGCGAAGGCCAAACUCGAACCUACCUGCCAUCAUCGCGACGACGGGCUUGCUGAGAACGUUGACAUGCGGCGGCUGGACCUAUGUGACAUCUACCGACGACCAUGACUGGCACGACAUCUUCAUGAUCUCCUACUUGGUAUUCACGUUGCCGUGGACCCUAGGAUGUCUGGCGCUGAGUCCACCUAAUCCGCAAGCUGUGAAGUAUCGAAAGGUUCUAGCCAGCUUGUUUUUUGGCACGCUAGUUCCCUUGGUCUAUUUCUUCAUCCAGCAUAAGAUUCAUAAAGUCGCUGGAGCCUAUACCAUUUAUGCAUUCUUUGAGUGGGCCUUGAUCCUGUUCGAUGUUGCGUUCGACGCCGUCACCGCGCUCGACUUCGAGACGUUCGAACUUGUCGUCAAGGACGUUGCGGGUGCUUCUAGAGGUGAUACCAAACUGCUCAAGGAAUCUGUCAAGGGGAAAGAGCGCAAUAACGCUGUCAUCCAGAUAUCGACCUUUGACGGGCCAUAUUACUGGACGGCAAUGCUGGAUGCUGCCGCGGACAUCCUCCAUGGCUUCUUCUUCUGGUCCAUUCUAACUUCACUGGGCGUCCUCAUCUGGUACUUUCCACUUUGGCAUAUGGGGAUAUCAGGCUACGAGGUCCUGGUCAUGUGCCCUGCUUCAUCCCUUAUUCUCGCUAUCCCUUCCGUAAGGUCUUUGGCAAUCAAGAACCUCCGCUGGCUUCACAUGGCUUCAAUGGUCGGGCUUUUGGCGUGGCUAGCCAAGGAACCCACCAACCGUCUGUUUACCGUUGGCUUUGCCGUUGUGGUUGGUUGUAUGGCUUGGCCAGCAGAGUGGUAUGCCGAGCGCAGAAACUCGGCUCGCUUGCAGCGGAGAAUUCUAGCCUGGUGUAUUGGGUUGGUGCUUUCCAACAUAGCGAAGUUUGCGAACCACACAAACAAUCCCGUCUGGCCAAUUCUGCAUUCGGGCAUCGGUGGCUGGAACAAGACCGGACUUGUAGUGGCACUGCUGGCUGUAUGGCGUUCCACCAGACCAGACUCGACCUCCGGCGGAGACUACGUUCCUUCUCCCGCCAAGAAGGGAUCAGCCCUACUGGCAGCUCUCGGCCUCGGAGGACUGUUCUUCACGAUGCACUCCCUGCUUUCGGAUUCCAGCACUAUAAUCCUUUGGGUAUGGGAGGGCUUUCCGGUCCGAGGACCAUUAGCGGUACCACAUGGCGCGGUUGUCAUUCUAGCCAUGAGCGCCGGUCUGUUCCUAGGCGUCGCCCUCCCUGGCUUCUUCGAAUCGUGGACAGCCUAUGGAGUUGGAGCUGUUGGUGCUGCUUUGCUUACCACGUGCGGUCACUGGACGGGCUUCUAUGGUGGCCUGUUGCUCGCCUUCUAUACGAUGGGUGUUGCGCCCGUCCUGAUUUCUUCCGCCGUGCAGCAUGGCCCCGCUUCCACCUUUGGCUUUGGCUUCUUCGUCUACAACCUGAUGGUGCUGUUCCACGUCUGGGUGGUGGCAUAUGCUUUUGUGCCCGGCGGACCAUUGGUCAGAGAGCACACGGAUUGGAUCAUGAUCACGACGAUGCUGUUGAUCGGCGCGGGCGUGUUCUCGGCCUUGAUAACCAACUCAGGGUAUCAAUCUAAGAGCAAAUCGAGCCCUCGUGGAAGAAAACAGUCGACCUACUGCCUCCAUAUUCUCCUGAUGCUGCAACUGCUAGCUGCAUCGAUAGCAUAUCUGCGGUUCCCCACCUACGACUACACGCCGUAUCACCCGGAGGAGAAGCUGCUGACUGCUGGGAUCUGGACUAUUCACUUUUCCUUGGACAACGACGACUGGUCAUCUGAGCGACGAAUGCGUGACGCUAUCAAGGAGCUGGAGCUCGACGUGGUCGGGUUGCUGGAAUCUGAUCUGCAGCGGAUCAUCAUGGGCAACCGAGACACCACACAGUAUCUUGCUGAGGACCUCGGCAUGUAUGUGGACUACGGCCCGGGCCCGAACAAGCACACUUGGGGCUCAGCGCUGUUGUCGAAGUUUCCGAUCGUCAACUCGACCCAUCACCUCCUACCAUCUCCUGUGGGCGAGCUUGCGCCGGCUAUUGAAGCUACGUUGGACGUCUACGGCACUCUGGUCGAUGUCUUUGUGUUCCACUCGGGGCAGGAAGAGGACCCGGAGGACCGACGCCUGCAAGCCGAAUAUUUGGCCGAACGAAUGAACGCCACUCCCCGGCCGGCAAUCUUGCUCAGCUAUCUCGUGGUAAAGCCGGGAGAGGGCAACUACAAUACUUAUGUGGGCGAGAAGAGUGGAAUGCAUGACAUUGACGUUCGUGAUUGGGACCGCUGGUGUGAAUACAUUCUCUACAAGGACAUCAAGCGUGUCGGAUAUGCUCGUGUGAGUCGAGGCACCAUUACGGACACUGAGAUCCAGGUGGGCAAGUUCGUGGUAGGAGAGCCUGUCUCGUACAGCGACGAAAGGAUUCCUGAGGAACAAAUCGCGCCUGGGCGGAGAUUCCCAGCAUUGUUCCGUGGAGAGGGUGUUCGGGGACAUCGAUACCACGUCUUUGAUGAACCAUGGUAUUACGCCUGA